GGUCCGGGUCUAGUCAGUGACUGGGUCCAGGAGUCAGGGUCCGGGUCUAGUCAGUGACUGGGUCCAGGAGUCAGGGUCCGGGUCUAGUCAGUGACUGGGUUCAGGAGUCAGGGUCCGGGUCUAGUCAGUGACUGGGUUUGAGAGUCAGGGUCCGGGUCAGUGACUGGGGUCGAGAGUCAGGGUCCGGGUCAGUGACUGGGGUCGAGAGUCAGUGACUGGGGUCGAGAGUCAGUGACUGGGGUCGAGAGUCAGUGGCUGGGUUCAGGAGUCAGGGUCCAGGUCAGUGACUGGGGUCGAGAGUCAGUGACUGGGGUGGAGAGUCAGGGUCCGGGUCAGUGACUGGGGUCGAGAGUCAGGGUCCGGGUCAGUGACUGGGGUCGAGAGUCAGUGGCUGUGUUCAGGAGUCAGGGUCCGGGUCAGUGACUGGGGUGGAGAGUCAGGGUUCGGGUCAGUGACUGGGGUGGAGAGUCAGGGUUCGGGCCAGUGACUGGGGUGGAGAGUCAGGAUCCGGGUCAGUGACUGGGGUGGAGAGACAGGGUCCGGGUUGGUGACUGGGGUGGAGAGUCAGGGUCCGGGUUAGUGACUGGGGUGGAGAGACAGGGUCCGGGUUGGUGACUGGGGUGGAGAGUCAGGGUCCGGGUCAGUGACUGGGGUGGAGAGUCAGGGUUCGGGUCAGUGACUGGGGUGGAGAGUCAGGGUUCGGGCCAGUGACUGGGGUGGAGAGUCAGGAUCCGGGUCAGUGACUGGGGUGGAGAGUCAGGGUUCGGGUCAGUGACUGCAGUUAGGUGCUGGGUCUGGAUCAGUUCCUUGCAUCAGAGGACUGGGGUCAGGGAUCAGCAUGGACAUCCAGGAAGAGUUGAUCUGUUCCAUCUGCCAGGACCUGUUUUCUGACCCAGUCACCAUCCCAUGUGGCCACAGUUUCUGCUUAUCCUGCCUGGAGAAGUUCUGGAAACGCCAUACCAGCCCUGACUGUCCCUUCUGUCGCUGGCACUACACCUCUCGUCCGCAGCUCUGCAGGAACGUGGCGCUCAGUCACAUCUGCGACGUGGUCAAGCAGCGGGGGGCCAAGGCUUCCUGCUGCCCUUCGCAUGGCGACAUGCUGACCUUCUACUGCUGCGCUGAACAACGCCUGAUGUGUGGUAGUUGUACCUGCCAGGACCACGUGGAACACAGGAUCCUGCCAUUGCAGUGGGCAGUUGAACAGGCUCAGGAUUCAAUCCAGAAGCAGGCGGAUGCUGUGGAGACGAGUCUAAGGGAGACGAGUGAAGCAAAGUCAAAGUUGUCUCAGCAGCUGAAAUCUAUCUGGGACGAUGUGAGCGAGCGAAGUGCGGGUUUGAGACAGGCGCUGGAGGGGCUGUUGGUGGCCACGCAGGCGGUGCAGGGGCAGCUGGAGAGUUUGCUAGGGGGUGCAGCCGAACGUCUGCAGCGUGAAGCCAUCGAGGAGGCUGCUCGGCUGGAGAGGCGGAAGCUCCAACUGGAGGAGCGACAGAAGGAGCUGCUCCAAAUGCUCAGCCAGGACACAGUCACACUGCUCCAGGGUUGGAAGACGGACUGGGAGGUCGUGGAGAGGCUUGCCCCGGUCGACACAGGGGUGGAGGUGUGGGAUGCCCUGGGAGGGCUACAGGAGGUGGUAUUGGAGCAGACCGAGCGGCUGCAGUCGGAGGUCCAGACCGUCGCCCGAGUGUGUUCAGCAUAUCCAAAGCCUGUCUGCACAGCAGAGCGUCCAGACAGCCAGACACCAUGUCCAGACGAUCACCCAUCAAAUACUCCUGCUCCUUCUGGAACAGUCCAUCCCGAGAGCAAUGCCAGCACAGCAGUGGCUGUAGAAUCCACCCCCUGUAUGGCUGAGAUUACAGUCACGGAUACACGAGAGCUCGUGCAGUCACCAGCGCCAGGAGCCAAGGCAGAAGACUGGGCUGGCACAGAACCCGUGGGCAGGCAGCAGCUGUUGAAGUACUGGACGGCAGUGACCUUUGACCAGAGCACGGCCUCAGAGCAGCUGCGGAUUUCAGAGGGGGCUCUGGUGGCCACUAACUCAUCGCCAGACACUCAGUCGUACGAGGAAAACGAGGUUCGCUUCAAGCGGCUGCCACAGGUGCUGGGUUUGCCAGCGCUGGGGGAGUGCCACUACUGGGAGGUGGCGUGGAGCGGGGCUGUGGUAGUGGUGGGAGUGGCAUGCCCCUCGCUGCCCCGCCAGGGCCGUACCCCUGCCUGCUGGCUGGGCCGCAAUCCCUCGUCGUGGGGCCUGGAGCUGUCGCAGGACGUGGCCACCCCCUUGCACCAGAACCAGCCAGGACCCGGAAUCCACCUCGCAUCCCCCAACAUCGGCCUCUUCCUCGAUCUGCGCCGGCAGUCCUUCGCUCUGUAUAGCAUUGGCCAUGACCACUCGCUGACCCACCUGCACUCCUUCCCCCUCACUGCUCCCCCGCCCCUAAUCCCUGCCUUCUUCAUAAGCAAGGGCGCCAGUGUCCGCAUCCUUCCCCGAAAUUGAACCCUGGGGGUUGAGGUGAGGUGUUGGUGACUGAGGUCAGAGGUCAGUGAACAAGGUUAGUGGGGGGUCCAGUGUCCGGCACACAGUCAGUGAGCAGAGGUCGGGAAGUGCCAGUGCUGUAGGUGAAAUGGUCAAAAAAAUAUGGUGGGUGGUCAGUGAGGGUUCAAGGGGUCUGCAUGUCCACUCCCGGGCUGUUAACACACCACGCUCUUCAUCUGCGUCUGUCUCCAAGUGCCCUCCCACAUCCCCUACCCGUUCCUCCCCUCAUCCUGGUGCCUCACAGCCCUGAGAUGGUGGAGGCAACGCAGUCCCACGGUCACUCCGAGCUGGGUGCUAGUCGAAGGAGCAGGGAGACGCGGGGUGGGGGUGUUAUUAAACCGCUCUGUAACCGGGCACAGACCUAGCAGAAUAAAACCACGUCUGGCUGUAGGUUUGAACCUCCAGAUCCUGACAUGACCCAUUAAUGGUGUAAUGCCCCGGUUCACAUCUUUACUGUUCAGCUGUCGGUAUUUCAUUCAGCAGCUCUGUAAGAGCAGGGUGUGCUGCUUUCAGCCUGUGUGGGUCAUUGUUGAAGAUAAGGGAUGGUGAGGAGUGGGUGCCGUACAAUUAGGAUGGCAGAACUGAGGAAAGGUUUUUUUGGUGAGGGACAUUGGCGUUGGUCUUGGGGCUUUGAAUGAAUGAAUUGACUUUUUCUUACGUCCUUCACAUACAUGAGGAGUAAAAAUCAUUAUGUUACGUCUCCAUCUAAAUGUGCAAUCAUAGUAAAUUAUAAUAAAUAGAACAGUUAAUGUAACAUAGAAAACACCCAAAUCAGUGUGAGUUGAGUCUCCUGGGCCUGAACACCUCCCUCUGCAACUGGAUCCUAGACUUCCUGACUGGGAGACCUCAGUCAGUCCGGAUCGGGAGCAGCAUCUCCAACACCAUCACACUGAGCACGGGGCCCCCCAGGUCUGUGUGCUCAGUCCACUGCUGUUCACUCUGCUGACCCACGACUGUGCUACAACACACAGCUCGAACCAUAUCAUCAAGUUCGCCAAUGACACGACCGUGGUGGGUCUCAUCAGCAAGAACGAUGAGUCAGCUUACAGAGAGGAGGUGCAGCAGCUAACGGACUGGUGCAGAGCCAACAACCUGUCUCUUAAUGUGAACAAAACAAAUGAGAUAGUUGUUGACUUCAGGAGGGCACGGAGCGACCACUCCCCUCUGAACAUUGAUAGCUCCUCGGUAGAGAUCGUUAAGAGCACCAAAUUUCUUGGUGUUCAUCUGGCAGAGAAUUUCACCUGGUCCUUCAACACCAGCUCCAUAGCAAAGAAAGCCCAGCAGCAUCUCUACUUUCUGCAAAGGCUGAGGAAAGUCCAUCUCCCACCCCCCCAUCCUCAUCACAUUCCACAGGGGUUGUAUUGAGAGCAUCCCGAGCAGCUGCAUCACUGCCUGGUUCGGAAAUUGCACCAUCUCGGAUCGCAAGACCCUGCAGUGGAUAGUGAGGUCAGCUGAGAAGACCAUCGGGGUCUCUCUUCCCGCCAUUACAGACAUUUACUCUACGCUGCAUCCACAAAGCAAACAGCAUUAUGAAGGACCCCAUGCACCCGUCAUACAAACUCUUUUCCCUCCUGCCAUCUGAGAAAAGGCACCGAAGUAUUCGGGCUCUCACGACCAGACUAUGUAACGGUUUCUUCCCCCAAGCCAUCAGACUCCUCAAUACCCAGAGUCUGGACUGACACCUUACUGCCCUAUUGUCUUGCUUAUGAUUUAUUGUAAUGCCUGCACUGUUUUGCGCACUUUAUGCAGUCCUGGGUAGGUCUGUAGUCUAGUUUUUUUCUGUGUUUUUUAUGUAGUUUAGUUUUUGUACUGUGGUCCUGAAAAAACGUUGUCUCAUUUUUACUGUGUACUGUACCAGCAGUUAUGGUCGAAAUGACAAUAAAAGUGACUUGACUUAAUCCAUCUGAUGGCCUGGUGGAAGAAGCUGUCCCGGAGCCUGUUGGUCCUGGCUUUCAUGCUACAGUACUGUUUCCUGGAUGGUAGCAGCUGGAAUAGAUUGUGGUUGGGGUGGCCCAGUGAUCCUACGAGCCCUUUUUUCACACCUGUCUUUCUAAAUGCCCUGAAUAGUGAGAAGUUCACAACUACAUACACACUGGGCUGUCUGCACCACUCUCUGCAGAGUCCUGGGGUUAAGGGGGUACAGUUCCUGGACCGGGCAGCAAUUCAGCCAGUCAGGAUACUCUCAAUUGUGCCCCUGUAGAAAGUUCUUAGGAUUUGGGGUCCAUACCAAACUUCCUCAACUCGGAGGUGAAAGAGGCGUUGGUGUUCUUUUCUUACCAAACAGCUGCUAUGUAUAGACCAAGUGGGGUCCUCGUUGAUGUGUAUGCCGAGGAAAUCUGUUUACUUACUCAACCCCAAAUCCAUUGAUGUCAACAGGGGUUAGUCUUGUCUCCAUUCCUCCUGUAAUCCACAACCAGCUCCUUUGUUUAGCAAUAUGAAGUUGUUUUCUUGACACCACUGUGUCAGGGUGAUGACUUCUUCCCUGUAGGCUGCCUCGUUAUUGUUUGGCGAGAGAUGAAGAGACGACACUGAAGAGAACAGAUGGUAGGAUACGAGCCGGUGGGAGGUUGCAAGUGAUGUUUGGAAGGUGGUGUGGGCGUUCACGCUCACCAAGGGCCCAGCGUGAGUGACAGAGAAGUUCAAGAUGAGCUCUAACUUGCGCACAUUGGACUGUUUAAUUAGAAUGGUCCCUUCUUGUUUUCUAACCCUUAAGAUUCAUAAAUAUUCCUUUAAUCGUG